CGGAGUCGUACGUGCACAGCGGCAGGCCACGCACGGGGCGUCCGGCACCAGCAUUGCAGCGCACCGAGCACCACGGCAACGGCACUGUACCUACGGCCGCGGCGGCGGUGAGGUCGCUAUAUAGGAAACCACCUGACACGCCCCCACCGUUUUCCCAGUCAUCACAAAGGAUCCGCCACUCUCUAUAGCUGCAUCUUCUAAUCAAGCGAGCGCGCGCGCACGUCACGUACACACACACACACACACACACACAUUCAUAUCCACAUACGCAUUAGUGCGCACACACACGCGCGUUUCAGACGCACGUACCACACACACACAAUAUAUUAUAUUACUAUUAAUACUAUUAUAGUUACAGAUACAUUUUAUUAUUAUUAUUGUUUUUUUUUUUUUUUCAAUUUUUUUUUAUUUUCUCUUUUGUACGCCACUGACUGAUGUGAAUAACUUAUUAGCGCUGCGCUGGCUCCUCUCGCGUACGGCUGGUUGGUGGUGGUGGUGUCCCGAAAGCGGAUUCUCGUCAAACAAUAAUAAUAAUAAUAAUAAUAAUAAUAACAUCAGUAGUAACGCAGUAUCAUAUUAUUGUCGUCAAGUUAUUAUAAUAUCCUCCGACGUUUGCGAGAUUUUCGUUCCACCGCCGACGUUGUUCCGUACGUAUUGUAAUUAUUGUUCGAGACUUAUUUCGUUGUGAUCGCGUCAAUAUGGCGUAGUGCCGUCGUCCGAUUUCGUCGUCGUCGUCGAGCUGCUGCCGUUAACGGUAUUGUCGUAGGUAGUUAUAUAGGUAGGUAGGUAGGUAGGUAGCCGUCGCCACUGUUCAGUGCCAGUGCGAUACAUAGUUCCGGUAAUAAUAAUUAUCAUACAUCAACAUCAUACGGUUAUUGUAUUUUACCUAACCGCCAAUAAAUAGUACAAACGCGGUUUUGCUUUCAUUGUUGUAUGGUGCUUUUGGAUUUCCAAAGUCUGUGUGUGUAACUGCUACCGAGUAGAUAAUACGUUAAGUUUGUCGGUGGUGUUGUCGUUGGCGAACCGUGGAGAAGAAUUGUCCCCGUUCCAUGACUUCGGCGGAUUUUUUAUCAGCAAUCCGACAACGGACAUCACCUGCAGUUACCUUGUAGCGUACUAACGUCGCUCGUCAAAACAAACAUGACUACGUCUAUCAGGUCCAUUCCGUCUGACAAGAUAAACCUCAGAUUGAUUCUUGUCAGCGGUAAAACUAAAGAAUUCAUAUUUAGCCCUAACGACUCGGCGGGUGAUAUAGCUCAAGCAAUUUUUGAUAAUUGGCCAGAAGAUUGGGCAGACGAAGCAGUCGAAAAAGCAGAGAUCCUCAGACUGAUAUAUCAGGGUCGUUUUUUGCACAGCAACGUCACAUUGGGUGCUUUAGGACUUGUACCAGCCCGUACCACUGUUAUGCAUCUUGUACCAAGGGAAACAUUACCCGAACCUAAUUCACAAGAUCAAAGACAGAAAAGUAAAGGUGCAAGCAGUAGUUGCUGUUCAGCUGCCUGUACUAUAUUAUGAAUGUGUUCUAUAAUAAUGCAAAUAUUGUGUAUUUAGUAAAAAUAAAUUAAGUAUGCUUCAAAUGCAACUUUCAAAACAAAUGUUUAGUGAGUGGUCUCACCAUUUACCCAAUGAUGAAUUGUGACCAUUGGUGGGUUAAUGUUCUAUAGAUUUUUUUGACUUGUAUAUUUUCAGAUAUCCCCUCCAAAUUUUUUUAAAUUAUUAUUAUUAAAAUUAUUAUU